CUUCUGGUGCUUUCUAUGAAAUUUUCUCAAGCAAUUAACUUCUUGCAGAACCGGCUGCUUGCAAUGAACUAUAUAAAUGAGGGCUCUGAUGAUAAGCUUUUUGAGGCUCACAGGGAAUGGGGAAUGCGAUUUAUGAAGCUAUACCCUCAAUAUACCAGUUGGGAUAAUCCUAAAGAUAUGGAACGCCCAUUAGUAAUUGGAUAUGUGUCACCUGAUUAUAUUACUCACUCUGUAUCAUAUUUCAUUGAAGCACCUCUCUUUUUCCAUGAUUACACAAAUUACAAGGUGAUUGUGUACUCUGGUGUUGUAAAGGCAGAUGCCAAAACCCAUAAAUUCAAGGACAGGGUGCUGAAAAAAGGAGGGCUAUGGAGGGAUAUAUAUGGGAUUGAUGAGAAGAAGGUUGCUAGCAUGGUUAGGGAGGAUAAAGUUGACAUACUGGUGGAGCUUACUGGUCACACUGCAAAUAACAAGCUAGGGAUGAUGGCCUGCAGGCCUGCUCCCAUCCAGGCAACAUGGAUUGGUUACCCAAAUACAACCGGUCUGCCAACAAUUGAUUAUAGAAUCACAGAUGCACUGGCUGAUCCCCUUGACACAAAGCAGAAGCAUGUUGAGGAGUUGGUUCGUUUGCCUAAAUGUUUUCUCUGUUAUACGCCUUCGCCGGAUGCUGGUCCUGUUUGUCCCACACCAGCUCUUUCUAAUGGUUUUAUUACUUUUGGGAGCUUCAAUAAUUUGGCAAAGAUAACGCCAAAAGUAUUAAAAGUUUGGGCAAGGAUAUUAUGUGCUGUUCCUAACUCCCGGCUUGUUGUCAAGUGUAAGCCUUUCUGUUCUGAUAGUGUAAGACAGAGAUUUCUUUCAAUUUUGGAGCAAUUAGGACUGGAGCCGCUACGUGUUGAUCUUCUGCCUCUAAUUCUUCUCAACCAUGACCAUAUGCAAGCAUAUUCACUAAUGGAUAUCAGGUAG